AUGGCCGAUAUCGAAAACAGCAUGAUGGACGAGUCCUUUGCGGUCUCCGAAGUCGCAGACGACGCCAACCUGACCGCCAGCGCGACGGUCGGUACACGGCGGCAAGCGAAUGGUACAAUUGGCUCUGUCUACUCGGGCAACAAGAUUCGGCAUUUGAAGAAGGAGGAUGGUAUUCCUCUCUGGCGCAAAGAUAUUCAAUAUGACUUCCUGAAGCUGGUCUUUGAAGACAAGUCCCCCGUGUUCACGCGGUGGCCUGAUGGACAAAAGGGACUGGACUUUGCGGAUGUCUACAUCGAUGCAAUGGCCAGGAGCAGCAAGACCAGCAAGAUUCUGAAGGACAAGCUACAGAGCGACAAGCCCGCGGCUGUCAGCAUGGCGAUGGUCUGCUUGCUAGUCAAUUUCGGUCGCAUGAACACAACCCUGAAUUUCUUCCCUGAGAUGCGCGCUCAAUUGCGAACCUACCACUCGAUCCCCUCACUACAAGCGCACCAGGACUCCAAUGCGUACAAGCAGCUACAGGAUGCACCGCGCCUUAAGUCCAUCCUGAAGGGCGCCUCCGAAGACUAUGAACAGCCCAAUACUCUCGAAAAGAUCAAGCGACAGAACGUACCUCGCACCAACCCGGUGAAUUUGAUAUUUGUUCUGGCGCAAUAUGCUCCCAAAGUUCAAAGUCGUGCUCGGGCAUUCCUGUGGUUGAUGUGGUGGUACUUAGAGAGCGAUUUCAGCCGCGAGGCUGCUCUGAACAAUCCUUUCGGUGCGGGCUUGGAGGGUGAGGGCUCUGAGGGAUUGCCACUGAAAGUGCCUCCCUUUGAUAUCUUGACGGAGGAACAAGCCAAUGAAGAGAAUCAAGACACGCCCGAAGAGCAGGAAUAUGGUGAAUCUAAGCGUCUGGAACGCAAGCGUAUUCUGGAAGAAGAGGAGCCACUGCCGCGCAUUCCCAAGCGCCCCAAAAAAGAAUUCGGCUUUGACGAAGACUCGUUUGCGGGGGAUUACUCUGGCAUGGGAGGCCGCGGCUCCGCCAUGUCUACCCCUCUCCACCCCUCUGUCAAACGGAGUUUGGAUGACGACGAAGACGAAAUGACCCCUGGAUAUUCACGUCCGCGUCCUAAGCAGGCUAAGCGGGAAUCCUCCCUCAAUCGAGCCAUGGGCCAGCAGCGGCUCGUCUUGAAAACUAGGAUGGAACAUACUCCCGAUGCGUCUCCCGCACCCCAGGGCCAUUCUCACCAAGUACUCAACCGCUUCAUCACCGAGCCAUCACUUUCAACGGUCCCUGGUCGUCGACCACGGCCGCUCACACAACAUCAGAUUGCCGUUGAGCAAAAUCGACGACAGCGAAUUGACUAUCUGCUUGCCAAACGCAAAUCUAAUGCGUACCGUGUUCUGCGUGCGAAGCGGGAGCAUGAAAUUCCUUUCGGGCGCUACGGUCGCCUCCUUCAAGGCCUGCCCGAAGGCUACGAUACAGACGACGACGAAGUUUCCUGGGGGAAGGGUGGCCUCUUCCCCAACCCAGACGAAGAGGAUGACUUUGGUGAAUGUGCCAGCGUCUUCCUCUCCGUGGUACGCAAAGCGGCGCGCCGACUUGACCGCUGGGACUACGAAGAGGCGAACGGCCCCAAGAAAGAUCGUAAGAGGGAACGCGAGGAGCGAUACCACGCCAAGGCCGUUCUCGAGGCUGAUCUGCGCAACGCUCAUAAUCGCUCUCGUCCACGGGCCCGUCCCAGUGCGGCCAAACGCAAGUCCGGUGUGACGGGGACCCCAGGCACAGGGAAGAAGCCCGUGUCUCGUGCCAAGGCUGACGGCCUUGGUGCGUCGGCACUGGGUACCCCGAACUGGGAUCCAGAGCACGGACCUGACGACUACAUGGAAGGCGAGCUUGACGAUCUGGACCGUGAGCUUCUCGGGGAGGGCUCCGGCGACGAAGAUGACGCCCCUCGACCCGACGACUUUUCUGACGAGGACGAAGAAGACGAUGAUAAUUCGUCAUACGAAGGUGUCAAUGGUUACGCACGACAUGAGGCUUCGUCCCCCCUCCGAGGGGGCCAGCCGAUCAACGCGGGGAAGGUUAUGCAGACGAUGCGAUGGAAGAUUAAUACUGGCGAUUGA